AAGAACUUCUCCAUUGCAAUAAUCAAUCGAGUUAAUUAAUUAGUUAGUACUAGCAAACAUUGGCUAAAGUAUAUAUAUGGUUUUCCAAGUGCAGCCGCCAUGGCUGCUCCUCCUCCACCUCAUCGCCAUCGCCGUCCUCCUCCUGGCCGUGGAUAGUGUGCCGCCGGCGCCGGCGCCGCCGCCGGCGGUGGCGACGGUGUUCGACGACAACUACGUGGCAACAUAUGGUGGAGACGGCUACCACCUGGUCAACCAGGGCACGCAGAUUAGCCUCACCCUGGACAAGAGCUCUGGUGCUGGAUUCAGGUCCAAGUUGAUGUACGGCUCAGGGUUCUUCCACAUGAGGAUCAAGGUUCCUGCCGGCUACACUGCCGGCGUUGUGACAGCCUACUAUCUGGCGUCAGAGCCAGACUGGGACGUGCAGGACGAGGUGGACUUCGAGUUCCUUGGCGACAAGGAUGGCAACCCCAUCACCCUUCAAACCAACGUCUUCGUCGGCGGCCACGGCGACCGCGAGCAGCGCCUCCGCCUCUGGUUCGACCCCGCUGCCGACUUCCAUGACUACUCCAUCCUCUGGAACCCCUUCCACCUCGUGAUAUUCGUGGACGAGACGCCGGUGAGGGUGCUGAAGAACCUGACGAGCCGGGGCCCGGAGUUCGAGUUCCCGGCGAAGCCUAUGCGGCCGCGGGGGAGCGUGUGGGACGCCUCCGACUGGGCGACGGACGGCGGCCGGACCAAGGUCGACUGGGCCCGCGCGCCAUUCACCGCGGCCUUCCAGGGCUUCGCCGUCGACGCCUGCGCCGCCGCCGCCGGCGGCGGCGUCAGCUCGGACGACUGCGGGUCGCCGGACACGUGGUGGUGGAACGGCGGCGAGUACAGGAGGCUGACGGCGGCGCAGCAGGCGGCGUACGAUGGCGUGAGGGGGAACCUGACCUAUGACUACUGCACCGACAAUAGCAAGAAGCGCCCAGUGCCGCCACCCGAGUGCAGCUUCACCUAAGCUAACUGUGAAUAAAUUCACUGCACAAAAUUAGCAGAAUUAAUUGCGAGGAUGAAAGGUGCAGCAGUAUACUGGUAUAUGUUAGCAAUUAAGCCCCGUGUUCAUCCAUUGGAAUUCGGAAAGGUUGUGAUUACAGAUAGCCAUUCCGAUAUAAAUAUGGUGUGUUCUUGACUUAA